GCUUCCUGCUCCCUGUUACGUACCAAAAGUUUUAUUAUUUUGUAUCUUAAUUAUAUACCCCAAACUCUCUUAUACCCUUGUUCUCCAUCCCCCUACACCAUGGCGGAAUCCUCCAAUUCCGCCGCGGCCUCAGGCCCGGCCCAGUCCGCAGCGUCCACCAGCGCUCCCAAGCCCUCCAACCCAGCCUUCAGAAUGCUUGGAAUGCCGAAUCUCCGCAUGAAACUCCCCUCCCGGAACUGGAUGAUCUUCUUCACCAUCACCGGAUCGUUCGCCGCAGCUGUCAUUUACGACCGGAGAGAGAAGCGCCGCGCACAACAAAAAUGGGGUGACCUCGUCGCUCACAUCUCCAAAGAGCAUCUUCCCAUCGAGCAAACCCGACGCAAGAUCAACGUUUUCCUGUCCGCGCCACCGGGUGACGGUAUCCGUGUAGCUCGCGACCACUUCAAAGAAUACGUCAAGCCGAUCCUUGUGGCGGCGGCACUGGACUACCAAAUCAUCGAAGGCAGGAGGGAAGGCGACAUCCGUGCUGGUUACGCGGAGCGCAUUCGCAAGUGGAGACGCAAGGCAGGCGAACCGAGCACAGUGGUGGAGGACCCCACGGUCGAGGACGUCGUUUUCGCCGCCAGGACGCAGAUGGGCGUUAUCGAGGAGCCCGGACCGAAGGGUGAUCUGGUCAUCGGUCGUCACACAUGGAAGGAGUACAUUCGUGGUCUGCACGAAGGCUGGCUGGGCCCUCUCGAUCCUCCCCCUCCGCCUCCGCCCACGGAGGAACCCGCUCCUGUGGAAUCGAGCACACCCGCCGCAGAGACCUCCGAGACCAAGGAGGGCGACGCCAACGCCUCCGAGCAGGAAAAGAAGGAAGAGAAGCCUGCUAAACCCGUCGGACCGACACCAGCCUACAUCUCCACAUCCGACUACUCAUCGCAACCCCUCCCCCGUACAAUUCCCCAGACUCUUUCAGGCUCUGUCCCCAUCGCCUUCCCCCACAUCCUGGGUUUCCUCAACACCCCCAUCAGACUCUACCGCUACCUUAACCAGCGCCAUAUGGCCGAGAGCGUAGGCCGCGACGUCGCCGCCAUCGUCCUGGCCUCAUACAGCCGCCCUUACCACACCGGCUCCGGCUCCUCGGAUGCCUCCCCCAUCUCCGACGAUACCCUUGGCAGCACUACCUACGAACAACAGACCGUCCUCGAGGAGGAAGAAAAGGAAUGGCACAAGUCCGUCCACCGCAAGGACGAAGCCAACCCCGACAAGGAACGCGAGUGGCUCGACGACAUCGUCAUCGACCCGCGCCUUGCCUCCCGCAUGCAUCGCUUCAGCGUCUCGCCCGAGGAAGAGGCCCGCGCCCAGCGCAUCCGCGACGGCCAGGAAUACAUCCUGGGUCAGGAACGCCCUGUUCCUGUGUCGUUCUGGAAGCGCAUGUGGGUGAAGUACGGAUACGGAGAGGAUGAGGAGACGUUGAGAAGGAAGCCCAUUCUGGGCAACCUUGACGAGGAGUAAUCCAUCCUCCGAGAAACGAUCUGCGAGAAGGGUAUUGUUGUCACCAUAAAUAGAAAGGGUUUAUUAGAUCUCUAUCUGUGUUUGGGCUAGAGGUAUAUAGACAUAUGCUUACUUUUUUUUUUCUGGUCCUUGGUAUUUUGAGGUCGAUACGAUCAAUUGC